AACAACAGAAACCACGAAAAAGAAAGAGGAAAAGAAUGGCUGAACUUCCCAUCAUUGACUUGUCCUCACCAGAUCGCUUCUCCACCGCCAACUCCAUUCGUCAGGCAUGCAUUGAUCAUGGUUUCUUUUACCUUGUGAAUCAUGGGGUUGAUGAAGAAUUGGUUAAGAAAGUAUUUAAGCAGAGUAGCAGCUUCUUUUCACUCCCAAUUGAAGCCAAGAUGAAGUUGGCUAGAGAGAAUCACAGAGGUUAUACACCACUUUAUGCUGAAAAGCUUGAUCCUAAUUUAAAUACCAAAGGUGACUCUAAACAAAGUUUCUAUAUUGGUCCACUUGCUGAUGACCUUAAUCAAUGGCCUUUAGAAGAAGAUCUUCCAUCUUGGAGAAGCACAAUGGAGACUUAUUACCAGAAAGUGCUGUCUGCUGGGACUAAAUUACUUUCUUUAAUUGCCAUGUCCCUGAAGUUAGAGGAAGAUUUCUUUGAAAAAGUGGGCGCCCUUACUGAACCAUAUGCAUUUAUUCGUUUAUUACAUUAUCCAGGGGACUUGGAUUCUUCUAGUGAAGAAAUAUAUGGUGCUUCUGCUCAUUCAGAUUAUGGAAUGAUCACUCUUCUGAUGACUGAUGGUGUUCCAGGGCUUCAGAUUUGCAGGGAGAAAUCCGAGCGACCACAGGUUUGGGAGGAUGUGCCAAGCAUGACUGGGGCAUUCGUUGUUAAUAUCGGGGACAUGAUGGAGAGGUGGACGAAUUGUUUGUUCAGGUCAACACUGCAUAGAGUGCUGCCACCAAUACAAGAACGCUACUCUGUGGCAUUCUUCUUGGAUCCAAGCAAAGACUGUAUUGUGGGAUGCCUGGAAAGCUGUUGCAGUGAGGCUUGCCCACCAAGAUUUCCACCCAUAAAAUCCUCGGAAUACCUCGAAGAGCGCCUUAGACUUACAUAUGGUUUGUAGUUGAAGUUAUGUAUGUAUAUUUCAAGCUCACUUCUGCUAAAGAAAUUGUAGACAUUGCAAUCAAUACUUUCACUGCUCCAGAGAAGUGCAGCCCUCUGUAAAAAUCUACUGUAAUGUAAUAAACAGACAGAUGAGGGUGAAAAAU